ACCUUAUCCCCUGCAAUUUCCCCGCUCUCCCCUCACUCGCCGUGGUAAAACAAUGGCGCUCCAUCUCGCGCGACCGUUCCUGCCCGCCGGCCUCCCGCCGCCGGCGCGCCGCCGCGCUCGUGCCCGGGCGCAUCCCCUCUCCCCCACCGCCGACGCGCGGUCCCCGUCCUUCAGGAGGCCCUACACGUCCGUCCUGGUGGUGCCCACGGGGGUCGGCGCCGCGGUCGGGGGCUUCGCCGGCGACGCCCUCCCCGUGGCACGCGCCCUCGCCGCCGUCGCCGACUGCGUCAUCUCCCAUCCCAACGUGCUCAACGCCGCGAUGCUGUACUGGCCGAUGCAGAAUACGCUUUACGUCGAGGGAUACGCCCUCGACAGGUUCGCCGAAGGCGCCUGGGCUCUUCAGCCAGUCCACCAGAACAAGGUAGGCUUGGUGUUGGACUCCGGGAUCGAGGAGGAGCUCCGGCUCCGCCAUUUGCAGGUCGCCGAUGCGGCGAGGGCUUCGCUCGGCCUCCCUGUUGUGGAGUACGCUGUCACGGAUGCUCCUUUAGAGAUCAAGACCUGGUUCGAUCCGAAGUGUGGGAAAUCAACCGGGAGUGUCGGGAACUCCGAUUCCCUGUUAAGAGCGGUCGACGCGCUAGUGAACCAGGCAGGCGUGAAUGCUGUGGCUGUUGUCGCGCGCUUCCCAGACGACGACCCUGAAGAUUCAGAUUGCUAUAGGGAAGGAAAGGGAGUUGAUCUGUUAGCCGGAGUUGAAGCAAUCAUCAGUCACCUAAUUGUGAAAGAAUUCAAAAUCCCUGCUGCUCACGCUCCUGCGGUGUUGCCCCUGCCACUCAGCCCAUCAGUGUCCCCACGAUCUGCUGCUGAAGAGAUUGGUUAUACCUUUCUACCAUGUGUGCUCGCUGGUUUAAGCACCGCUCCUCAGUAUGUGACGAGGAGGCAGGGUACCUUGGACAGUGGUUGCAUAGUGGCUAGUGAUGUUGAUAGUGUGAUUCUUCCAAGAGAUGCCUGUGGAGGUGAUGGUGCUCUUGCCUUUUCUCGAACUGCAAGAAAGAACAAGCCCUUAAUCAUUACCGUUCAGGAAAAUGAGACGGUGCUCGAUGACACCCCUGAUAAAUUCAAUAUUGAAGCGCUGAAUGUCCAGAACUACUGGGAAGCAAUUGGAGUUAUUGCUGCUCACAAGGCAGGCAUCAAUCCAAAUGCUCUCAGAAAACAAGGAAUUGACCAUCUUAAGAGCCAUCGACGAUUGUACUCUGCCCGAUCUUCUGGUCCUAGGCCAUACGCCUCUUCUGCAACGCAGGAUAAAGUAUAUGUACACCAGUUAGUUUGACAAUUUAGUACAGAAGAAAUCAGUUUUAGCAAGUAGGAGGCUGCAAAUUUUGAAGUCCCAGGUACAUAUUCCACAACAGUAGGAGCAUACAUAUGUAACUUUAUUUCGUUGUCACCCCAUGAGGAAUUACAUUGAUAUGGAUACGUGUCUGCAGUGUCAUUGUGAUCAUGGAUGUUGUACUCAGAAGCCAUUCUUCGGAUCAAUUAAUUUCUUCAGUUGCUAGACAGGGGCAGUGCUAUGCUCCCUGUCCACCACACAAGUGUCAUGCUGAUUGCUUUUUGACGGGCAAUGGGCAGGAGCUCUGCCAAUUCAUUAUAGAAGAAGGGAGAAGGACCAAAAUCCCACAGUUUGGUACAGACAGUGCCAAGACCACAUAGUGGCAAAGCGAAGCAGCUAGUUAAGAUACAGCCUCCCAGAACAAAGCUAUCUCAUCUCUCGCCAUGGCUGUAAUCGUCUCAGGCGAACACCUUUUCUCCUCAAACGUUCGGCGGUUACGUUCCUUCCAGAGAUUCCACACCACGUAGGCCGCCGUGGUUACCUGCUUGCGCGAGUCCUGAAGCUUUCCCAGCCCAAGCGUUUUCCACCACCAAUCCUUGAUGGUAGCAGAAGAUGAAGGAAUGAUGGCCGCCUUGCCGUCCGAGUUCUGAAACCCAUGCCAAACCUCCCGGGCGAAGACGCAGUCCAAAGAUGUAUGAGUCGUCAUGCUGAUUGCUGAGGUCAUUUAUGUCUUGAUGUGUCAUUCUGCGCUCUCAAAUCGUCGACUCUCUGUUGUUGCUGUCUGCAUCUACUCAGAAUACACAUGUUUGUCAGAGUGGGUAGUUGCUGCUUUUGCUUGCUUGUUCCAACUACCAAUCAAACUGCACCUUCAACUUAGAUGAGAUGCAGCUUAUGACUUGCUGUUUGUGUGUGUUAGUGUA